UAAUCUUAUUAUUUACACGAAUUCUGUAUUUGUGCAGGAAAGGGCUCCGCUUCCUGAACUGCUGGUCUCUUUUAAUUCCCACUCAGCUGCUUGUGCUGUGUUAAAAAAAAACUGGGAGAGAGAGAGGAUGGAGAGUGGAAUUCUGUGCAUGUUCACAAGCGCGCUGUGCCUGAUCACUUGGGCUACUGGCUCAACAAUAGCACCUGGGAACAUAACACGAACAGAAGACAAUGUAUCCAGCACAAGAAAUUAUAUUAUUGCUGAUGAUUAUCCUUCAGAGGUUCAGAAGUGUUGGGACAAUUUUGAUAACAGAAUGAACAGGACUUUUCAUGACCACUGGUGUACAUGGGAUUCUGUUGUCAGAUUCUACAAUGACUUACAAAUAUGUCUGGAAUACAGUGCCGAUAUCCUCUCUCUUGCAUAUCCUAAUGACUUGGCACAUUACACAAUUCUAAAUGCUCAUCUAAAGUUUUUCAUCAAUUGUGCUGUGCCUGAAGAAUUCAUGGAUCCUCCAGAGAAUGUGCUGCUGGCAUUAAUAUUUGCACCGAUCUGUAUAAUUCCAUUUUUGGUUACCCUUGUUGUCUAUAAGAGCAAUACGAGCAAACCACAAACUUAGGCUUUACUGUGGACUUUACUAAGCACUGUGAUUAUGUCCUAAAACUGUUUGUUAAGGUGUUAGCAGAAAGCUUGGAUAUACUCUGGUCAAUUUUUUACGACCAUACCCAUUACUCAUGUUCUAGAGUUCAAGUCUCAGACUGUCCAUCACAUCAAAUGUAAUAUGUUCUUCAGUAGUAAUUUAAUAGAC